CCGGACCGCAGUUUCUCAGGAUUACAGGGGAACAGCCAUCAUGAGUGAAGUCAAUAAGAACUCUCUGGAGAAAAUCCUCCCACAGCUGAAAUGCCAUUUCACGUGGAACUUAUUUAAGGAAGAAAGUGUCUCCCAUGAUCUAGAAGACAGAGUGUGUAACCAGAUUGAAUUUUUAAACACCGAGUUCAAAGCUACUAUGUACAACUUGUUGGCCUACAUAAAACACCUGCGUGGUCAAAAUGAGGCAGCUCUGGAAUGCUUACAGCAAGCUGAAAAGUUAAUCCAGAAAGAGCACAUUGACCAAAAAGAAGUCAGAAGUGUGGUCACCUGGGGAAACUACGCCUGGGUCUACUAUCACAUGGGCAGACUCUCAGAUGCUCAAGUUUAUGUAGACAAGGUGAAAGAAGUAUGUGAGAAGUUUUCAAAUCCUUACAGUAUCGAGUAUCCUGAGCUUUACUCUGAAGAAGGGUGGACACUGCUACAGUGCGGAACAAAGCAAAAUGAAAGGGCGAAGGUAUAUUUUGAGAAGGCUCUGGAAGAGAAACCCAGCAACCCAGAAUUCUCCACUGGGCUGGCAAUCGCCAUGUACCGUCUGGAUGAUAAACGACCAAAGCAGUUCUGUGCCAGUGCUCUGAAGCAGGCCGUGGAGCUCAAUCCCAACAAUCAUUAUGUCAAAGUUCUCUUGGGCCUGGCAUUGCAAAAGAUACAUAAAGAAGCUGAAGGGGAGCCAUUGGUGGUAGAGGCCCUGGAGAAAGCUCCUUGCCAAACAGAUGUCCUUCGCAGUGCAGCGAAAUUUUACCGGAGAAAAGGUGAUCUAGAUAAGGCUAUUGAACUGUUUCAAAAGGCGUUGGGAUCCUUGCCAAAUAAUGGCUACAUCUACUGCCAGAUCGCACGCUGCUAUUGGGCAAAGGAGAAACAAAUUCAGAACACAGAGGACUCUGAUGCCCGUAGGAAAAGAGAGAAGGUUGAAGAACUGAGGAAAUAUGCUAUGAACUAUUUGAAAAAAGCUGUUGAGAAGGGACUGAAUCCUCUGGAUGUAUAUUCUAAUUUCAAUGACCUGGAAACAGAAGAAUAUUUUCAGACAGUUUCCAAUAAGGCCAAGAGAAAGCAACCCCAUCAGCGCUAUUCCAACUUUCAGGAGUAUCAUGGGCAGUCUGAAGACACUCCUGUCCUACAUGAUUUAAGAGCUUUGACCAUCAGCACACUGUCAACUGAGAACGGAGCUGAAAAUCACAUUCCACAAGACGCACCAAAUUCUUGGUAUUUCCAAGGGUUAACUCACAAGCAGAAUGGAGAUCUGCUGCAAGCAGCCGAGUGUUUCGAGAAGGAACUGGGCCGCCUGCUGAGGAACAGCCCUUCUGGCAUAAGCAGCUUUUUUCUGCCAGCAUCGGAGCUUGAAGAAGGCAGUGAGGCCAGGGUGCAGACAGCUCCGCUCAGUGAGCUGCCCCACGCCUGAGCUGACAGAGAGAGGAGGGAAAGGAGCAGAGGGGAGGGAGC